CUCAGCUGUACUAAACGUAAUGGGGUUUAAGGACCAUUUCGAAAUUGUUUUCAACAGUCCCGUGUAUUAUGCGGGACAAACGAUAACGGGAAAGCUAAUAGUCGAACUGAAAAAACCGAAGAAGAUAAAAGGACUAUACUUGAAAUACUUUGGCAAAGGAUCUGUACACUGGAACGAAGGUUGGGGUACAACAAUGGUGUCGCAUUCGAACCUAGAAAUAUACUUGAUGCAAUAUCAACUAGUUUGCGGAAAUGAGACAGAUGAGUACGAGCUAACGGAAGGUAGACAUGUCUUUGGAUUCAACUGCCAACUGCCGGCAGAUCUCCCCUCUAGCUUCGAGGGACACUUUGGACGCAUCAGCUACUCCGUCAAAGCCAUAAUCGACCGCCCUUUGAAGAACGACUACGUCGCAAAACAGCCACUGACAAUUGUGUCGAUAUUUGACCUGAAUCGAUGUUCCCUCGCAGCGGUGCCGGUAGAAGAGCAGAACAGCAAGACAUUUUGGGGACACCCGAAGUCUCUGAACAUGUCAGUCAACAUUCCUGUCCGAGGAUUCGUUCCUGGACAGGUAAUACCGAUCAAAGUAUUACUGAGCAACGAAUCUGAAGUUCCGGUCAAGAGUUUGGAGGCUACUUUGAAACAGAAGGUGGUGUUUCACGCGAUCAGGAAAUCAAGUCCCAUGAAGGUGUUCGUCUUCAAAAAUGAGUACCCAGUCGAAGAGGGUAUCGGCAACAAAGAGGUACACCUCAAUUUUCAGGUACCACCGUUGCCACCCUCUUUUCUCCAGUUCUGUAGUAUAAUCGAUCUGAGAUACCAGCUGGACAUAAAAGCCAAGGUCAGUGGCUGUCACCGAAGUCUCAAGCUUCCAAUCGAACUUAUAAUAGGAAACAUUCCGUUGGUGGCCUACGAGAUGCCGAUCUUUGGUAACCAGCCAUUGUGCGAUGUGCCUGGCCUCUCACCACUGUGCAAUCAAUUCUCGGAUAAUCGACCACCACCUUACACUGUAAUUUUUCCUCCAUCGAUGGAAUACGGCGAUUUGCCUCCACCGUCCUACGAAGAAAGUAUUAGACACGGAAGACUCGAUAGAGAAGGACCGCGAGAAGAUUCGAACAGCAAUGCAGAGACCAGAGAAUUUUUACCUUUGUAUCCUGUGUACAGAUUUGAAACCGCUAGAGCGCAAACUGUGGGAUAGUUAUUUCUGAGCAAUUAUUAUAAUUUCCAUUCGUCGAACUGGAGUUCGAGAAGUUAGACUUCUCGUGGACGGUUUCCGAUGCAUUUCACUUUGGAAACUCUUACUUGUGGUCUCUGGACAGAGAGAAAAUCAAAGUACCAUCGAAUGUCCAAGACAUUCCUUCGAUGAAGUUGUCUCUGAAAAAUUGAGAACG